AGUCGUGCAGACCUGCAGCCUCAGGAACGCACGGUCGAGCCACAAGAUGCACAGUGUGUGCUGCCACAGCUUGGGAGGAGCUUCGGGAUUUUCCCCCCUCAAUGUCUCACGCCAGUCUCGAGUGAAGACGCGCAUGCAAGAGGAGAAAUAGUGGGGAAAAGGAGCCAGCACGGCCUCGAUCCAGCAUCUUCCACCAAAAUGAGCCCCCGAGACUCAUCCAACAACACAGAGGACGAAGGGGAAGCUGGUGAGAGCGAUGCCUUGAUUCUGUUUAACGACAGCAUGGGUUUGCACCAACCUGGUUUCCAAACUGACAUCACCAAGCACCUUGGGGUUCAGAUCCCGUUGAUAAUGGCGUACUCCCUCAUCAUUCUGCUGGGGCUGAUGGGCAACGCUCUCGUCAUCUACAUGAUCAUUCGCUACAGAACCAUGCGAACUGUGACCAACUUCUUCAUCGCCAACCUGGCCCUGGCCGACCUGUUGGUGGACACUCUGUGCUUGCCCUUCACUCUGGUCUACACUCUGUUAGAUGACUGGACGUUUGGGGCCGUGCUGUGCCACAUGGUGCCCUUUGCCCAGGCCCUGAGCGUGCACGUGUCCAUCCUUACGAUGACCGUCAUCGCUCUGGAGCGUUACCGCUGUAUCGUUUUCCAUCUUGGUCGACGCCUCACCUGGCACUCCAGCUUCCUCAUCAUGGGGAUCACCUGGACUACGUCUGCCAUCCUGGCAGCGCCCUUGGCCAUCUUCAGAGAGUACCGCAAGGAAGAGAUACCUUCCAUCAACCUGCACAUCACUGUCUGCUCGGAGAAGUGGCCCCACGGGACCAGCAGGGGUGGAGUCAUUUACAGCCUCUCAAUGCUGCUCCUGCAGUACAUUAUUCCUUUAGCCAUCAUUAGCUACGCAUACAUCUGCAUCUGGGUCAAGCUGAAGAAUCACAUCAGCCCAUCCAGCCGCAACGACAGCAUCAACCGCCGCAAAAAGACCACCAAGAUGUUGGCACUUGUAGUGGUGGUGUUUGCUUUCUGCUGGCUGCCGUUCCAUGUGUUCCAGCUGGCCAGCGACCUGGACCUGGCACUGCGGUUUGAGGAGUACAAAUUGAUAUACACGGUGUUCCAUAUCGGGGCAAUGUGUUCGACUUUUACCAACCCUGUCCUGUACGGGUGGAUGAAUAAAAACUACCGGAACGGCUUCCUCAUGGUCUUCCGCUGCGAGGAUAAACCAGAUUCUUUCCACACCGAGGGCUCAUUAAGGACCCGCUCCAUGCGACGCCUGACUCUGAAUGGUCGUAAUGGCGGGCACCCUCCCACCGCUGUAUGAGAUUAACAUAACUUUUUUAAAAAGCCUGAAGGAUAAGAUUGAACACACUGAACACACCUCUGCUUUGUGGCGCAUGUGGUUCAGAAGUAGCUUUUUGACUUGAAUUAAUCAAUUUGUUUGUCACUGGAGAGGGCUCAAAGCUUUGUAUGUAAAUGGCGUUAUGUAAGCUCUUGUUUACUUUGUGAAUGGUACUUGUGAAAAUACAUUUGUUGAACCUGUUCAAAUAUAUGUGGAAGAUGUUUGCUAAGGUGUUAAGUAACUUGGUACAAUGUAUAAUGUGUUCUGUCGGUUUCCCGUGUCCAAUUUAUUAUGCUGCUUUGCCUUACCUGAGGCUAUUGAUGUGUUCACACUCACUGAAGGGAAGAUGACGACUAUGAGAACAAGUUUCAUUUUUCACACUUUCCUUUUUUUUUGUCGGCUGCUCAAAACAUUUAUAUGACUGUUUUUCUAAUUAAUGAAUGAAUGAAAUGAAACUGCUGCAUUUUGGAUUAACUUCCGUGUAAUAUUUAAUCCUCAUCCAAGUUACCAGUGGCUGCUACUGCUGAUUUUUCUCGCCAACCAGGAAGUUAAUUGUGUUCACAUCCAGCUGCUCCUGAUCAGACGGAGCAGCAGGAGUCUGUGUCCAGAUGAAUGGGAUUAGAAGCCGCUGAACCGAGAGCAACAAGUUCUUGAUGUCUUUAUUAGUGAGUGAGGCGGCUGCUUCGAGGAUAUGUAAAAAAAAAAGAGAGGGGACUUGGAAGAAGUGAAACCUGUUGUUUAGAUUUAUUUCACUGAUAAAGUGUCCUUUGUUGGUGGUCUUUGAAUGAGGAAAACGUGACCAUUCAUUUGACGUUCAGGUGAAGCUCUGUUCCGUGCCUCCAUGUGAAAUAAACAGACAUUGGCUUCAAAUGAAGUCCGAUUGUGGCAUUAUGGCAUGUGCCAAAAUGUGUGAACCACUUUCAGCCUGAUACUUACACUACUCAAAACUAAUGGGGUAGAUAGUUCAUGUGCUGCAGUGGGUGUAGCCUGCACACUGAAGGUAAUAUACACUAAAAAAGGUAAUUAUGCAGAAAACAGUGACUUUAUGUAUUUCAAUCACAUAUUAAAUUUCCAUGUAACUUUAUAGGUUCAAUCUAAAGGGUCGUAUUUACUGAAGUGUUUUCUCUCAUGUUAAGUUAGUGUGAAAAGAGUGAUUUAAUUAAAUCAAGUUAAACUCAAAUAUAUACAUUAAACCCACAACUUUCACCUUUCACUCUCAAGUGAUUUGAUUUAUUUACACUAACUCAACAUGAUAGAAAAAACUUCAUUAAAUGUGACCCUUUACAUUGAAAUGAUGUAAUAAAGGUACAUGGAAAUUGUAUAUUUAAAUAAAACACCUAAAGUCACCAUUUUAGGCAGAAUUAUUUUUGUUGAGUGAAAAAUAAUGUGACAGCUGGAAAAUCCUAUAGAUUGUCUAAAUAGAAGCAAUCAUAGCAUUUUUCGACACAAAGGGGAAGUUAAACUAAUUCCUGCACAUAAACUUCCACCCAACAUCCAAUAAAGCAUUUAAUAAAGCAGA